ACUGCUUUGUGCGGCCUACGCGUUUCCCCCUGCGCUCCCGCGAAGGAGAGACAGAGGGAGACGCGUCUGUGUCUAGUUGGUGGCAAACCCAAGACAAGAAGACGCGCCCUCCCCCCCUUCGCCACUGCAAAGCGUGUGUGCUACACGUCCAUCCCCCGAUGGUCGUCACCUGCCUGCUCCUCCCCCGCGGAUUUUCCCACCAAUACACCGCGGAGACAACGCUUCGCAAUCGCAUCCCAUCUCUCCACAUCCCACCACCCCCGCAGAUCCCUACAAAGCAACCCAACUCAUCCUUCAACAUAAACUAAUCCAUCAUGAUCGCACUUCCCAUCAACUUUGGCAAAUGGAUCGAGGAGCACGCCGACAAGCUGCAGCCGCCCGUCAACAACUAUCUUGUCCAGCGUGGUGACUUCAUCAUCAUGGCCGUCGGUGGACCCAACGCCCGGACAGACUACCAUCUUAACGAGACCGAGGAAUGGUUCUACCAAUACAAGGGUGACAUGCUACUCAAGGUUGUCGACAAUGGCGAAUUCAAGGAUAUCCCCAUCAAGGAGGGAGAGAUGUUCCUCCUGCCAGCAAACACGCCUCACAACCCUGUUCGGUUUGCAGACACAGUCGGCAUUGUGAUUGAGCGUCAAAGACCCGCUGAAGCCCUUGAUCGCCUCAGAUGGUACUGUAAAGAAUGCAAGGAGAUUGUCUACGAGGAAUCAUUCCACUGCGUGGAUCUCGGAAAGCAGCUUGCGCCUGUCAUCAAGCGAUUUGCUGCGGAUGAAUCUCUCCGAAAGUGCAAGUCUUGCGGUCAUGUCAAUAUCGCCAAGUAA